AUGCAUGACCUGAAAGGAUGCAAAGCUGGGGCUGGCAAUAACGUUCACAUUAUUUUUUUCCAACCUGCCAGCCUUCAUAAAUUUCUGCAACACAUGCGCAGCCGCAGCCUGAAAGUAAAUUGCUACAGCGGACAAAGUUUAAAUGGCGCCCGCAGCCACCCCGGCGGUUACUAUCAGUCUUUCAAUGUUUUCCUGUUUUUGGUCGUGGGGUUGGCUUAUUAG